CUCGAAACCUCCACAGAAAAUUAGUGGGUCAACCUGACAUGACACAUUUAUUAAACGAGUCGAAUUUGGAUUGAGCAUUUUUUACACGUGUAUAAUCUCAACACGACAUGACUCAUUGCCGACCCUUAUGUCCCUUAGUUAUGUCCUUCUGUUCUAUAAUUUGGGAAGAAUUAAGGUCGGCCCAUUCUAUGAAUUUGAAAUGGGUCGAAGCCCACCCUCCUCUUCCACAAACAGCUUGUUUGAAACAGGCCCGAAAAAAAAAAAACCAAAAAAAAAAAAAAAAAAAAAAAGCAGAACUCUGCAAAGCCCUGUUGCGCCCAAUUCAUCCCUCUCCGAAGAUGGAGACGUCCAGUCGCCCCAGCAAGCGGCAACCACAGUGGCUUUAACUCUGAUUCUCUCUCUCUCUCUCUCUCUCUCUCUCCCCAGCUCUGCCAGGUCUUCCUGUUUCGUUUGCCCGAAGGCAUCGUUUUGCUUUCGUUUUUGUUCUUGAGCUGUAUAUGUUUUGGUUGUGGAACCCUAGGGCGUGAGCUCCAAGCUGAAGACUAAACUGAUCGCGGCUGCUUAGGUACUUGCUCGUUGUGAAAUGCUUUAUUAGGAUCCCUGAAUUAUUGUUCAACAAGGUGCUUUGGUCUUUGCUUAAAAUUUACUCUGCUUGGUAUUAGUUUUCCUUUUCGUGGUAUUAUGGAUGGGAACAAGCGGAACUUUUUCAAGAAACGCCCUAAUGUCCAGUUUAAAAGAAAAGGAGGUAACAACAACUACAAGAAAGGAAACUGGAAUAAUUCAACCCGUGAACAACUUUUAGAGAAUUAUCAAUCCCUGGACACAGUGUAUCGUAUACUCUGCCCUUCUAAAAGAAUCGGUGGUGUUAUUGGAAAAGGUGGUGGCAUAGUCAAAGCCCUGAGAGAAGAGACGCGGGCAAAGAUAACGGUCGCUGAUUCUGUUCUAGGCUCAGAUGAGAGAGUAAUUAUUAUCUUUAGCUCUCCAACAAAAAUUUCAAGUAAACAAACUAAUGAUGGAGAUUCAUCUGAGGAAAAUGAACUGGAGCCCAUGGACCCGCACUGUGCUGCCCAGGAUGCUCUCUUGAAAGUUCAUAACAGAAUUGUAGAGGAAGAUCUUUUUGGUGGGGUUACAUUUGAUGAUGACAAUGAGAACAGUGUUGUCACUGCAAGGCUUCUAGUUCCAAACAAUAUGGUGGGGUGUCUUCUUGGAAAGGGUGGAGAUGUUAUUCAAAGAUUACGAAGUGAGACGAGUGCAAGCAUUCGUGUGCUUCCUGCAGAUCAGCUUCCAACUUGUGCUAUGGAAACUGAUGAAUUGGUGCAGAUAUCUGGAAAACCAGAUGUGACAAAGAGAGCGCUUUAUGAAGUGUCUACACUACUGCAUCAGAAUCCUCGGAAGGACAAGCCCCCUUCAGGUUUUCCUAUGCCUUUUUGGGGCCAGGGGUUUCGUCCUCCUGGAGCCCCGAUGACUAAUGUGCUGCCACCUGGAAAUCCAAUGUGGUCUAAUCGGGCUCCUUCCCACAGUACCGCCCCAAUGCCACGGAUGGAAGGAUAUGGAAACUGCUCUUCUGAAUUUGCACUAGGUGGUUUUAAUGGUGUUCCUCCUGGACAUGGGGGUGAAGCCUUAGCUGAGUUUUCUAUGAAAAUUUUGUGUUCACCUGGGAAAAUUGGUGGGGUCAUUGGCAAGGGGGGGUUUAAUGUAAAACAGUUGCAACUGGAAACAGGAGCCAGUAUUCAUGUUCAGGAAGCAUCAACAGACUCAGAAGAACGUGUAAUUCAUGUCUCUGCUUUUGAGGCCUUCUGGAAUCCCAUAUCACAAACUAUUGAGGCAAUUCUUGAGCUUCAGAACAAAACAAGUGAAUUAUCUGAUAAAGGUAUAAUCACUACUAGGCUUCUUGUUCCAUCAAGUAAAGUUGGCUGCAUCCUUGGACAAGGAGGUCAAGUUAUAAAUGAGAUGAGAAGGAGAACCCAGGCUGAUAUUCGUGUGUACUCGAAGGAUGAUAGGCCUAGGUGUGCAGCUGAAGAUGAAGAGCUUGUGCAGAUAUCUGGGAACUUUGGAGUUGCUAAAGACGCUUUGGCUGAGAUUACUUCAAGACUCAGAGUGAGAACUCUGCGAGAUGCAAAUGCUGGAGCAGAACCUGCUCUUGUUGGCCCUGCACACGGAUUUGGUCUUGCAGGCAGUGUACCUGGUGGAGGACCACGACAACCGCCAAGUGCAGUUGGAGCUGGAAGCUCUAGUAGAUAUGACCCUCUAAAGGUUGGUAGACAUGAAUAUGAACUACAGAGUUAUCGAAUUCCUUCGACUGCUUCUGGUUAUCCAAGUGUCAACCAUGCCUUGGAAGGUAAGAUCCCAAAGAAUACAGUGGAUUCUUUUCCUGGAACAAGAGGAGGCAACACUUCCACUAUUAGAGAGGUUGGUGCACCUAGAAUAAAGCUCCAAGACUCCCAAGGUGUUUUCUCUGAACGUCCUGUUGAGAUCCGUGGUUCUGAUAAUUUGAAUGUAGCACAGAACAUCCUUCAGGCAUUCAUGGCUUCUGCUGGUCAAAGUGUGAGUGCUCAGGCUGGUUCUUACCACAAUGUGAAUGCUUUGCAAGGCUCCUACCACAACAUGAAUCCUCAGCGAAGUCCCUACCAAAUGAAUUCUCAGCAAAGCCCCUUCCAAAUGAGUUCUCAGCAAAGCCCCUUGCCCUUCCAAAUGAGUUUUCAGCAAAGCCCCUAUCAAAACAAUCCUCAGCGAAGCCCCUACCAAUUAAAUGCUCCGCAAAGCCCCUACCAAAUAAAUGCUACGCAAAGCCCCUAUCAAUUGAGUGCUCAACAAGGUUCAUACCCCAACAUCAAUGCUUCUCAAGGCACCUACCACAACUAUAAUUCACAGCAAGGUACCUACCAAUACCGACUCUGAUUCGGGAAUUUUUGUAUCAUAAUUGAUAUUAUGCUUCUAGACAAGGAUCGGCAUCCUUUCAAAAAAAAAGAAAAAAAAGAUAAGGAUUGGUAUUAUUAGUGUACCAACAGGAUACUAUAGAAAAUACUUAAGUUGUCAAAUUCCUUUGAGUUUCUAGGUGUGACUGAAGUAACACGUCCUGUUAUGUGCUUCAUGGAGUUGUAAACAUCAUUCCGAUAUAUAUAUAAGGGUUUCCUGUAUGACCACAAAAUGUUGACUGUUUAUGAAUUUUUCA